CCGGUACCACUGUCAAGUCAAGUCAGUUACAACGCUUUGAGGCGAUUCGACAAUUCCUGCCUCCUCCGUCACAUCUUGAUCAAUACUAGUAAAAUGACGCACCGCUGUAUUCAACGCCUUGAUUGCUCCAGUUUCCGAGCGCCUCGGCCCACCAACCCGAUGUUUUGGGCGCAAACCAGUCCGGAAACACAGUGUAUCCAGGCCAAACCUGGCCGAUGUAUUCAGUGCCGUUGAUGUCAGGGUUUUUCACAAACACGUCGCUUUCUUUUCCUUUUGCAUAGGGAGCGUAUGAAUCCGACGAGUUGGUCGCUAUUGCGAUGCCAACGUCGACAAUGGGAAUGU